AGCAAUAUGUAUCACACAUAAAGGCAACUCAUUGCACAAGGGGCAUGAGAUCUUGGACCCUGCAUAUUAAUGCCUCCCAUUUUUGCAGGGUGGACACCUGGGCCUUGUUCAACCGGGCAGUAUGAUAUUCUAAAUUUACAAUGCUAUCAAAAUAGUUUAUCCAAAAACGUUUAAAUGGUAUACAAGGGUUGAUCCAUAACUGUAAAAUAACUUUCUUAGAUGCCGUGAAACCUGCCAUCAACAUUUUCUUUUGGAUUAUGGAAUAGUCAAGGUCCGAGUCAUCAUUCAAAAGACAAAUGUGUGGUGUCCUGGGGAUAGUGAUAUCAAGUAACUGUGACAGUUCCUCCACUACAAAUGUCCAUAGCUUGGCAACUGUGGGACAUUCCCAAAACAUAUGUAGAAAUGUGCCGGGUAAGACAUUACAAAUAUUACAAAUAGAGUUAGGGGCCCGUUUCAUUUUAAAUCUCCUGUAUGGGGUCGCAUAUGAUCUAUGUAUACUUUUGUAGUGAAUCAGUUGGUGGGCUACAUUUUUGGAACAUUGGGAUAAGUUGAACCAAAUUAUCUCCCAGUCUAGGGGCUGAUUAAAUGUAGAGAGCUCCCUAUCCCACAUUUUUUCAAUGGGUAGACAUUUAGCAGAAUUAUUUAAUAAGGCGUUGUAAAUAAAAGAGACUCUGCCUCUCAAGCAGUUGGAAGGCUUAACCCAUUCAAACAAAGGGUGGGAUCUCGGUGGUCGGUCCCACGGGACCCCAUAUGCUCUGAGUGCAGAGCGUAACUGAAGAAAGACAAAAUAUGACGAAGCAGGUAAGUGGAAUGAGUUUUGGAGAUUCUGAUAUGAACACAGGCUAUUAUCAUCAUAUAAAUCACUAAACACAUUUAUGCCUUGAGAGGACCAUAAUGGAUUUUGAAAUGGCUUGCCACCUGUCAAAAGUUUAAAGUUGUGCCAGAGGGGUGCCUGUGCACUGGUGAAGAGUUGAAUAUUCAUGCAUUUCCCUGCUUGUUUCCAGAUAUUCAAGGAGUGUGCAAUUAUACAACCCAGCCUUAAAUUCUGGUUGGCCCUACCCAACCCAGCAAAAAGCAGAUCCUGUAAUCUAUGAGGCUUCACCAUAGCUUCUUCAAUAGAUCUCCAAGUGAGUUGAUGGCUGAUCAGUUGAUGGGUGGACAGCAUGUACGGGCACUGAGAGACACUGUCGCCUGUGAACACAACAUCCACAAAAACACAGCAGGAGGAACUGAGGUCCCAAGGGGAGUGAUAGAAAUUCACAAAGCCAGUAUGAAGAAGAGGUUUGAGAACAUAUCUGAAGGCAUCAUCAAACCAGGAGCUGAGACACUCUUCAAUAAGAUCUACACAGAUCUCUACAUCACAGAAGGAGAGAGUAAAGGAGUGAAUAAGGAGCAUGAGGUUUGGCAGGUAGAGUCAGCAUCCAGAUCUCAAUCCACAGAAGAUACGCCAAUCAACGGCAAUGACAUCUUCAAGCCCUUACCUGGACAGAAGAAGCAAAUCAGAACUGUGAUGACCAAAGGUGUUGCUGGCAUUGGAAAAACAGUCUCAGUACAGAAGUUCAUUCUUCAUUGGGCAGAUGGAGUAGCCAACCAGGAUGUAGACUUUAUAUUUCCUCUUCCUUUCCGUGAGCUGAAUUUAGUCAGGGAUGAUGAGUAUAGUCUUCACAGUCUCCUCCUUGACUUCUACCCUGAUUUGAAGGAUCUAAAGGAUGGUGAAGAAUACAAUGACUGUAAGGUUAUGUUCAUCCUUGAUGGUUUGGAUGAGAGUCGGUUACCUCUGAAUUUCCAGCAGAACGUAACAUGGUCUGAUUUAAAACAAACAUCAUCAGUGGAUGUCCUGAUGACAAGCCUCAUUCAGGGAACUCUGUUUUCCUCUGCACUCAUUUGGAUAACCUCACGACCAGCAGCAGCCAGUCAAAUUCCUGUUAAGUAUAUCAACCAAGUGACAGAAGUACGAGGCUUCAAUGACCCACAGAAGGAAGAGUACUUUAAAAAGAAAAUCAGUGAUGAGAGUAAGGCCAACAGAAUCAUCUCACACAUUAAGGCAUCCAGGAGUCUCCACAUCAUGUGCCACAUUCCUGUCUUCUGUUGGAUUGCAGCCACUGUACUUGAGCAGAUGCUGGAACGGGACAACACCCAAGAAAUACCCAAAACUCUGACUGAGAUGUUCAUACACUUUUUGAUUAUCCAGACCACCAGGAAGCAUCAGAAGUAUCAAAGUGGACAUGAAGUGGAUAAAAAUAAAUGUCUAGACUCCCAGAAAGACAUUUUGCUGAAGCUGGCAGAACUGGCUUUCAAGAAUCUUCAAGAUGGACGACUAAUGUUUUAUGAUGAAGACCUGAGAGAUUGCGGCAUUAAUGUCAGUGAAGCCUCAGACUCUGGCAUGUGUACUGAGAUCUUCAAGGAAGAAUCUGUGUUUCGCCAUAAGAAGGUCUACUGCUUUGUGCAUCUGAGCAUUCAAGAGUUUCUGGCAGCUCUGUUUGCGUUUCACUCUUACAUGACUGAGAACCUUGAAGCACUGGACUUCCCCCUCAAUGAAGAACAUGAUGAUUCCAGCCUCUCAACUGUAUCAUUCUUCUGGUCAUUGCUGGGCUUACAUUCACAAUAUUACCCCAGGCCCUCAAUUAUAUCUUACCUUUGGUCAGGGCUGGGAAUAGAAUCACAAGACCAUCUACAUGUGUUGCUUAAGAGUGCAGUGGAUGAGACUUUGAAAAGCAAGAGAGGACGCCUGGAUCUUUUCCUUCGCUUCCUUAUGGGUAUCUCUAUGGAGAGCAAUCAGAUGCUUCUGCAAGGUCUACUGAACCAAAUAUACAACACCUCAAAGAGCAUAAAGAAAACAUGCCAGUAUAUUAAGCAGCUUAACAGAGAAGAUCUUUCUCCUGAACGAUGCAUCAAUCUUUUCCACUGCUUGUUUGAAAUGAAUGAUCAUUCCAUGCACAAAGAAAUUCAGAAAUACUUGUCAUCACCAGAAAACAUUAAACAGAAGUUGUCUCCUGCUCACUGUUCAGCACUGGCCCAAAUCUUGUUGAUGUCUGAGGAGGUGCUGGAUGAGUUUGACCUGAAGAAAUACAACACGACAGAUGAGGGACGCAGGAGACUGAUCCCAGCUGUGAUGUGCUGCAGAAAGGCACGACUCUCUGGCUGCAAACUUACAGAUAAAUCCUGUAAGAUUUUAGCCAGUGUUCUACAGUCACGAAACUCCCUAAUAGAGCUGGACCUGAGUGACAACAACCUGGGAGAUUACAAAGUUCAGGUUCUUUCUAAAGGACUGUCUAGUCCCCACUGUAAACUGCAGACAUUAAGACUUGCUGACUGCAAACUCACAGACAAGUCCUGUAAGCUUGUGGCCUCAGUUCUGCGGGCACCAAACUCCCUGAUUGAGCUGGACCUGAGUUACAAUGAUGUAAGAGAAUCUGGAGUUCAGCUUCUUUCUAAAGGACUAUCUAGCCCCCACUGCAAACUGCAGACAUUAAGACUUGCUGGCUGCAAACUCACAUAUAAGUCUUGUGAGCUUGUGGACUCAGUUCUGCAAUCACCAAACUCCCUGAUAGAGCUGGACCUGAGUGACAAUGACCUAGGAGAUUCUGGAGUUAAGCUUCUUUCUAAAGGAUGGUCUAGUCCCCGCUGCAAAGUGCAAACAUUAAGACUAACUUGCUGUAACCUCCGAGAUGAAUCCUGUCAGAGGUUAGCCAGUGUUCUGCAGUCAGAAAACUUCUUGAUAGACUUGGACCUGAGUAACAAUGACCUGAAAGAUUCUGGAGUUAAGCUUUUAUGCCAAGGACUGUUUUGUUUUCACUGUAAACUGCAGAAAUUAAGACUCUCAGGUUGUUUCAUCUCUGUGAACAGUUGUGAUGUUCUGGCUUCAGCUCUGACUUCAAACUCCUCCCAUCUAAAAGAGCUUGAUCUGAGCUACAAUCAUCCUGGAAAGAAAGGAGUAAAGCUGUUAUCUGCCAGACUAAAGGAUCUUCACUGUGCACUGAAGAAACUUAAGACUGACCACUGGGCAAAACUCCGAUUGAGACCAGGAUUACAGAAAUAUGCCUGUAAGCUGACACUGGACCCAAAGACAGCAGGAAGAGAACUCUCUCUCUCUGAGGGGAACAGGAAGGUGACACGUAUGAGAGAGGAUCAGCCGUAUCCUGACCACCCAGAGAGAUUUGAUUUGAGGUCUCGGGUGUUGUGUAGAGAGGGUCUGUCUGGACGCUGCUACUGGGAGGCUGAGUGGAGUGGGAAUGGUGCUGAUAUAGCUGUGGUCUAUAAAAGCACCACGAGGAAAGGGGGGAGUGGGGACAUCAUAAAGGGACGAGAUGGCAAGUCCUGGAGUCUGCAGUGCUCUCCUGACAGUUACUCUGCCUGCCACAAUAAUGAACACACUGACAUACCUGCCCCCUCCUCUGGCUCCAGUAGAGUAGGAGUGUACCUGGAUUGUCCAGCUGGCACUCUGUCCUUCUACAGUGUCUCCUCUGACACACUCACCCACCUGCACACAUUUAACUCCACAUUUACUAAGCCUCUCUGUCCAGCAUUUUGGGUUGCUUAUGAAUCCUCAGUGUCCCUGUGCCAGAACACAUGAGCUCUUCCUCCAACAAGUACUUCCAUCAAUCUCCUGUUCAUACAGCAGUAGAUAUUGCCUUUGGACUUGUGUUCUCUUCAUGUGUGUCUGUAUGUGUGUGUGCCCUCUCUCUUUCCCCUUUUCUUUGUUUCUGUCUCUUCUCUCUUUCCUCAUCUUCACCUCCUACUGCCCGCACUUGUUCUCCUCCUGUUUUCUCUCUCACUCUCUCUCUCCCCCUCCCCCCCCCUCUCUCUCUCUCACUCUCUCUCUCUCUCUCUCUCUCUCUCUCUCUCUCUCUCUCUCUCUCUCUCUCUCUCUCUAUAUAUAUAUAUAUAUAUAUAUAUAUAUCUCCUCAUCAUCAUCUUUCUGUCCUCUUUGUGCACCGUGCCAGAUCACAUGACCUUAUGCACCAGUCUCACACUCCUGUUCAUACAAACAGUGUGAUGGUCUGAUGCAGUGGAAAUGUGUUCUAGACGAAUGCUUCUGUGUUGAUAGUGUUCAAAGUUAUUUAUAUUAGUAGUUUCAUAUUAUUUUAUGCGUUAUUGAAAUUGGGGUUUAUAAGAAUGUUUUCGGCAACAUUAUGAUGUUUUAUGCUUUUAUGCUUGUAACUUGCUGCAUUUGUUUGUAGAUAUUAUAUGAGUCUGGAGUGCAGGCCUACUGUGUGUGUUAGGCACAGUUAACAGUUAAGGCUCUUUUAUGGUUCUGCAUUGACACACAUUGACUAUGCUGCUGCCUCGAUGCCAGCACGAAUCUUUUGAAGUUUUGCAUCAACUGUGUCUGUGCUUGUAUAAACAGUCUUUUUUAAUGAACUUCCUGUGCACUUCCAAAGUUCUCAGUAUCUCAUUUUACAUGUCAGGACCCUCAGAAGUCUACCAAUGCAGUAUUGAGUUUUGAAUGGUGUAAAAAUAGCGAUUUAGCUGCAUAGGCUAAGCUAUUCCCCCACAGCUAGCUACAAGCUUAAUGCAAGCUCGGCUAAAAACGGCGUAAUUCGGACUGCAAGGGGGUGAGCGACAUCUAGACACAUCUAAGUACUCGGCAACAUCUUUCAGUACAGCUAAGGUCAAUUUCACACCGAACCUCUCCUUUAAGUUUUCAUUGAGGUUGAUAUAAGGAUCAAAAUCAUGACAGAAGGUGUUGAGCAUAUCAACCUUCUGGAACUCUGAUGAUGAGAUUUUUCAGCAGAAAUCCAGGUAUCAGUGACACUCCUGUUGCUCUCUUUACAACCAACGCAGACCCGUUCAGUGCAGAGAAGGUCUUCAUUGUUGUUGGUGUUGUAAAAAGCUAGCGCUCUGCAUGAUUGUUGUUUAUGUAUAGGGGUUUCAAAUACUGAUAAGGAUUGUGAGUACCUUUAAAAAGGCUGUGUCAAUAUGACAUAAACAUGUUAUGUUUUGAUAGAGUCAGCUGAAGCAUAAGCUAUACUCAGUGAGGGAGAACUCCUGAGUUAACCUGGAUAAAGAUUUUUUUUUUCUUAAUGUCAUGUUAGACACUGAAAUAUUCAAUUGUGUUUUUACCUCUGCCAAUGAGGUUACAGUAUGUUUUCAACUGGGUUUGUCUGUCUGUCUGUCUGUCUAUCUGUCUGUCUGUUUGUUUGUUUGUUUGUUCGCAAGAUAACUCAAAAAGUUAUGGAUGGAUUUCAAUGAAAUUUUUAAGGGAAGGUCUGUAAUGACCCAAAGAAGAAACAAGUAUAUUUUGGGAGUGAUCUGUAUCACCUUCUGGAUCCAGGAGGUGAUUAUGUUCUUGCCUGGCGGAGGUUUGCACUCUCUGAGUGCUGCAGUAUGUUUCAUCCUCUGAUGGUAAAUGUUUUAACGUUCUGAAUAAACAAC